AUGGAGUUUAAUUUAAGAAAUGAAUAAAUGAUAGCUUAUCAUAGAAAUAGAGAAGACUAUGAACCUUAACCUGAAGAUUGUUUAUAAUUUGCAUAUGGUGAUCGUAGAUAUGUGAAAAUGACAAACUAAAUAUAUGCAAGUGAUGAUGUUUUGAAACUGAAGAAUUUAGAAGAAAUCAAUGAAGAUUUGUAAUAUACUUAUAAUUAUUAAAAUUAUAAUAGUCAUAGAGGAGAUUUUAUAACAUUGGCAUUAUUAUCUAGUGAAAUAUUGGAUGUGUUAAUGAGUCACUUAUCUAAUCCUCAUGAAAGAAUUCGAGAACUCUCUUCAAGUGCCAUUGUAAAAAUAUAUUAAUCAAUAAAAAGGUGUUGAUAAGUUCAAUAAAAUUUGGAAGAGAUAAAAUAAUGGAAAAGUGUUUUGUUCCUACAAUAAUGAAACUUCUUAAUGAUUAAGUUGUUAAUAUUAGAAAAAAUGGAUAUCUAAGUUUAUUAAACAUGACAGAAUUUUAAUAAGGUAAUAAUAAUAUUUCAUAUUGUAGGUGUUGAUCAUGUAUAUUCAUAGGGUAUUUUAGUACCAUUGGUUAAUAAAUUAGUAGAGGAAAGUGUUGAGGAUCUAUUGACAUUAGAUUUACAAUUAUUAGAGAAAAUAUUAUAUUGUGGAGAUGCUUAAGUAGAAAUUUUAAAAACAUAAGCUAUAAAAAGAUUGACAUAACUUUUAAAACGAUCUAAUUAUAAGUUAAGAUCUUUGGCUUGUAAGAAUUUAGCUUGCAUUUCAUAUGAUGCAAAUGGGAAAUUAGAUGUUAUUAAUUAAGGAUGUGUUCUUGAAUUAUGUGCUAGAUUAUUAGAUGAUCAUAAUGAAGUUAUUACUAAUGCAACAAUGGCUUUGGCUAGUUUAGCAUAACAUAAUGAAUGCAAAUUUUAAAUGAUGGAUAAUAAUAAACUAGAUAUUGUUAUUAAAUUACUUAGUCAUAAUGAUCAUUAAAUCAAAUUGAAUAGUGUUUAAUUAGUAACAAGUCUUGCUGAACAUCCAAAAGGAAGAAAGGAAUGUUAUAAAUGUUUGCCUACUCUUUAGAAUUUCUCAACUGAUCCAUAAUAUGAAUAUAUCAGUCCUUAUGCUAUUUAAGCAAUAGAAGUCAUUAAGUGGGAACCUUGA